AUGCGACACUCAAAGAAGAUACAGAUCGCUGAGAACGAUGAAGCUUACCACUACGCACCCAGCAAAAAGUCACAGAAUUCAAGGAAAAACAAUGCAUCAUCUGGCAAACAACUCCAGCAACUUUCUAGACUUUAUGAAGAUGCGAUGGACAUAUACAACCAAUCUGCUUUUGCAAAGACAAUUGAAGAUAUGCUCCGGACCAAGAGCCGACCGCGCAUCACCAGAAUCGUUUCACUGGGUCUAGGGAGCUUGCUUGACGCUAAGGAUCAACAGCGUCGCAUCAAGCAGCUGGUGAUGCUCAUGGCCAUCGCAUCGCAUCUUGCAUUGCCGUUAAGCGAUAAAAGUGCUCUGCAGAUCUACGCACAAGAUCCGACAUUUACAGCAGCUGAUGACACUUUUCUGCAAAGUCUUGGCAUUGUGGUACUAAAAACACCGUCAAUCGCUGAUCUCGGCGAGGCGGGACGAAUGAUGGAUGAAGAGACCCUCGUCUACAGCCCUUUCCUCACCCUCGAAACCUACAAAUUGCUACUAUCGUCCUCACGAUCCUCUGCAGUCCCGAUCAAUGUACCAAUUUUAUUCAGCGACGACUUCAACGCCCUCCGACUAAAAUGGGACAAGCGAACCUCGGAGCGCAAAGACGUUGAUGGAUUGAUCCAAGGGACGCGAGCGGGCAAUUAUCGUCGACGCGCCGUUAGUGGGGAAGGCUUCUGGACACACGAAGAUCGACCUUUUCCUCUGGCAUUGUACCUCAGACAAUCGAUACCGCAAGAUGUUCCCACUGUGUUCAAAACAGGAGCAUUCUCGCAAUUUGAGCAGCAAUCAAUUCCGAUAUAUGCGUAA